GGCGGGGCCAAGGCUGGGGCAGGGGAGUUAGCCAAGGCCCCGCUCCGGCCCCCAGUGGUCCUGCCGCCGGGUCUCACCUCACCAUGUUUCGUCUGCCGGUGCAGUGUCUCCUCUGGGGCUGCUUGCUGACCUCUGUCCAUCCAGAACCACCCACUGCAUGCAGAGAAAAACAGUACCUAAUAAACAGUCAGUGCUGUUCUUUGUGCAAGCCAGGAGAGAAACUGGUGAAUGACUGCACAGAGACCACUGGCACGCUAUGCCUUCCUUGUGGCAAAGGCGAAUUCCUAGACACUUGGAACAGAGAGACACACUGCCACCAGCACAAAUACUGCGACCCCAACCUAGGGCUUCGGGUCCAGCAGGAGGGCACUUCAGUAACAGACAACAUCUGCAUCUGUAAACAAGGCCGACACUGUACAAGCAAUGCCUGUGAGAGCUGUGUCCCGAACAGUUCAUGCCCACCUGGCUUUGGGGUCAAGCAGAUCGCUACAGGAGUUUCUGACACCAUCUGCGAGCCCUGCCUGGUUGGCUUCUCCAAUGUGUCAUCUGCUUUCGAAAAAUGUCGCCCUUGGACAAGGUGUGAGACCAAAGGCCUGGCUGAGCAACAGGCAGGAACAGACAAGACUGAUGCUGUCUGUGGUCCCCAGAAUCGGUGGAGACUCCUGCUGCUGAUCCCCAUCAUCUUGGGGAUCCUGUUUGCCAUCCUCCUGGUGCUGGUCUUUAUCAAAAAGGUGGACAGGAAGCCACAGGAUAAGGUACCCUGCACCAAGCAGAUUCCCCAGGAGAUAGACGAUCUUCCUGGCCCCAACCCUACCCCUCCAGUGCAGGAGACUUUACAUGGAUGUCAACCAGUUGCCCAGGAGGAUGGUAAAGAGAGUCGCAUCUCAGUGCAGGAGGGACAGUGAAGCUGGACGCACCCAGGAGUGUGGCCACGUGGGCAAACAGGCACCUGGCCAGAGAGCCUGGUGCUACUGCUGCUGUGGCAUGAGGGUGAGGGACUGGCACUGACUGGGCACAGCUCCUCCCUCCUGCUUGCACCCCUGCGGGUUGAGACAGGAGACUUAAGAGUGGAUGGAGAAACAGUCCGCCUUGAAGAACCUCUCACUUCAUCCCUCGAGCCCAUCCAGUCUCCCAACUGUAUUAAAGACAGAGGCAGAACUUUGGUGGUGGUGGCGGGGGCUGUGAUAUAGUAAUAUCCACCAGCCCUUCCGAUCCAGCAGUUUGGUGCCCCAAGAGGCAUCGUGGUGGCUUCCCUGCACCCAGGAAGCCAUAUAUAUACAUGGGUGCCCACUGCAGCAUUGUUUGUGAUAGCAAACAUAACUGUCCAUCAUCGGGAAACUGGCCAAAUAAAAUUGGAAUAUAUUUAUACAACAGAAUCUCAAAAACACUGUUGAGUAAGGAAAAAAGCGUGUUGCUGAAUGAUGGGUAGGAAACCUUUAAAAAAAAGGUACAUGCUUUUAUGUAUGUACGUUGCCUAUGGAUCUAUGUAUAAAUA